CACCUGGCAACCCAGCUCUUAUUUUUAGCAGAAACGAAACCUAUCUGUUCCUGCCUGUUUAAUCAGGAUUUUAAUCUGUUUUGUUUUCAGGUUUUCAUGUGCAGGAUCAUUAUCAUUAGCUGUUUUUGAGAACAGUCGUGUGUUGUUUAUUUUGCAUAAUUUAAAUUAAGCGACUCAUUUUUUAGACACACGUUUUCUACACGGCUUUUACAAACUGAACCAGGAAGUGUGAGCUGCUGUGAGUGAGUGUGUGUGAGUUUGUCCUCCAGUAAAAUGGCAGAAGCGAAUAUUUUAGGAUUUCAGGAUCAGUUCAGCUGUUCAAUCUGUCUGGAUCUAUUCAAGUAUCCAGUAACUCUUUGUUGUGGACACAGUUUCUGUAUGGUCUGCAUUAAUGGCUGCUGGGAUCAGGAGGAUCAGCAGGGAGUCUAUAGCUGUCCUCAGUGUAGACAAACCUUCACUCCAAGACCUGCUGUGAGUAAAAACAGUGUUCUGGCUGAAGUAGUGGAGACGCUGAAGAAGACAGGACUCCAGGCUACACGUCCUGCUCAGUCUACAGCUGGACCUGAAGAUGUGGAGUGUGAUUCCUGCACUAAGAGUAAAUCCAAAGCCAUCAAGUCCUGCCUGGUGUGUCUGGCCUCUUUCUGUGAAACUCAUCUCCAGCCUCACUAUAAAUCUCCUGCCUUUAAGAAGCACAAGCUGGUGGAAGCCUCCAGACGACUCCAGGAGCAGAUCUGCUCUCAGCAUGACAAACUGCUGGAGGUUUACUGUCGCACUGACCAGCAGUGUAUCUGCAUGUUGUGUACCAUGGAUGAACAUAAAGGACAUGAUACAGUAUCAGCUGCAGCAGCACGAGCUGAGAAACAGAAACAGUUGUUGGAGUUGCAGGGGAAAUGCCAGCAGAAAAUCCAGGAGAGAGAGCAGGAACUUCAGGAGCUAACAAAGGCUGUGGAGUCUCACAAGAGCUCUGCACAGACAGCAGUUCAGGAAACUGAGAGGAUCUUUACUGAGCUGAUCAAAUCCAUUGAGAAAAGAUGCUCUGAGACGACAGCACUGAUCAGAGCUCAGGAGAAAGCUGCAGUGAGUCGAGCUGAAGAAAUCAUAAAGAAACUGGAGCAGGAGAUUGCAGAGCUGAAGAGGAGAGAGGGUGAAAUGGAGAAACUUUCACACCCAGAAGAUCCUAUCCAGUACCUCCAGACUUUUCAGUCUCUUGUAACCCCUCCUGGAGCUGCAGAUUUACCCACUAUCAUGGUCAGUUCUUUCUACACUUUUGAUGAUGUAGUAAAGUCUGUGUCUGAGUCGAAAGAGACGCUGGAAUUGUGCUCUAACGAACAGUUUGAGAAGAUAUCAAGUGAAGUACUACAUAAUGUGAUCAAUUUGUCUUUUUAUGAUUGUAUCUGUAACCUGUUUAACUGUUUCCUAGUGAAGAAAAUCCUGAUCCUGUCACCCCAAAGCAGGGAGGAAUUUCUACAAUAUUACUGUCAGCUCACACUGGAUCCCAACACAGCACAUCAACGCAUCCAACUAUCUGAUUCGAACAGAAUGGCAACUGACACUGAAAUCCAGUCAUAUAAUACUUUUGCUUUUGGCUAUGAACAUCCAGAGAGCUUUAAAUAUCACUCCCAGGUGUUGUGUAGUGAGAGUGUGUCUGGAUGCUGUUACUGGGAGGUGGAGUGGAGCGGAGUUAAUGGAGUUAAUAUAGCAGUGUCAUAUAAAGACAUCAGCAGGAAGGGAUAUGGUAAUGAAUGUGUGUUUGGACGUAAUGAUAAGUCCUGGAGUUUGCUUUGUCAAUCAUCUGGUUACUCAUUUUUACACGACAACCAAGAAACUAAUAUCCCCAUAAACUCCACCUCCUCUAGAAUAGGAGUUUAUUUGGAUCACAAGGCAGGAACUUUGUCUUUCUACAGCGUCUCUGACACGAUGAAUCUCCUCCACAGAGUUGACACCACAUUCACUCAGCCUCUUUACCCUGGAUUCUGGCUAAAUAACUAUUCAACAGUAAAACUGUGUGAAUGAAAACAGAUGAUUUUGGAUUAGUUUAGCACUGUAUGAUUCACGUAUCAAUAAUAUAAUAAUCAAGCAUGUUACCUUUAAACAUGGCAAGAAAUUAAAAAAGCUGUCUUUUUGUUUAAAAUCUAUAUUUUUAAUUCAGUUCAAAACUGAAUAAACACAAGUAUGAAAUUUCAUGCUCACAAUCUUUGAAAAUUAAUUGUAGUAAAUAAGAAUUAAAAUUAUAGUUCAUACCUACCUAAUGUUCAUACCUACCAAUGUUAAAUGGUUUUCUUCAUUUUGUCAUUGCCUUGCUUGAUAUAAAUAUCAGGAAGUAAUGCUGCCAGGCAAAAACAUUUUUCAGCAUGCAGAGAUAGUACAGGUGUUAUGCCUUCUUCACUAGAGUCUCAGUAUCAUGAGGCCACCUCAAAUCCUCAGAGCAUUCACGUACACUCUCCGAAGGGUUUCCACUUCCUCCUGGUAGACCCAUUUAAUAUUACUGGUAAUCAGUUUUAGCACACUGGUGUCAAUACCAGUAGGGCAGUGGUAGGUGUUGGAUUACUGAUUGCAAGAUUUUAAGCUCAAAUCCCAGUGCUGCCACUCAACAAACCCUCAACUGCUCAGCUGUAUAAAAAAUCUGAUAACUGGAACUUGUUCUGUAACAUGUCGGCUGUUUGUAGUGAUUACCAAUUGUGCAUGUUUGAGCAACAUGGAUGAUGUAUAAUGCCGCUGUUGUACAUUAAAACAAGUGUAAAUGUGUCAAGCAAGCUCCUGGACACAAGCACAUAGUGACCCAGCCUGAUUUAUCAUAUGUACAUAUAAUUAAUGCUGAUAUAGUGAAUGCUGCUCCAAUCAUGUUAAAAUCUAAUGAGUAACACCAAGCUGUUCUGUAUUUUUCUGUUGGUUUUGCUUCUUUAUCUGUAUUUUUUGAUCUUCUACAGCCUGAAACUGCUCAUUGUGUUCAAUAUCAGGUCUGGUAAACUAAUAUAACUCAAGAUCCAAGAAAUGCCAGUAUUGCAUGUUGUUAUAUAAUGCAUUUUCAUCAUAUUUGUUGCUGAAAUGUACUUUACUAUAACCAAUAAACAUUAC